ACGUAGUCAGAGUGACAAUUAUUUCGAAAAAUCUUAGCGGAAGUGUGUUGUUAGCUUUUUAGCUUGUGGUCGUUCAGGCUGUUGUUGUGGAGGGAAGCAGUUAGCUCCGAUUGCUCGUCCUGUGUUUGGAGGAUAGUUCGCUGCUGGUUUUCGCUCAUUCGGAGUUUCCAUAAUGGCGUAUCAGCUGUACAGGAACACGACGCUGGGAAACAGCCUGCAGGAGAGUCUGGACGAGCUUAUACAGACUCAGCAGAUAACUCCUCAGCUCGCUCUUCAGGUCCUCCUCCAGUUCGAUAAAGCCAUCAACACAGCGCUCGCCAACCGAGUCCGCAACAGGGUCAAUUUCAGGGGAUCUCUGAACACAUACAGGUUCUGCGACAACGUGUGGACGUUCGUUCUGAACGACGUUGAGUUCAGAGAGGUCACCGAGCUCGUGAAGGUCGACAAGGUCAAGAUUGUCGCCUGUGAUGGAAAGAGCGAGUCGACCCACAACAAAACUGAUAAAUGAUUUGGGCGGCCGGCUCUCUGGGAGUUCCUCUGUGGGACAAAGUCCCGGAUGGACCUGGACUGUACAUAUAAUUUAUUACAGCGGUCACCUGUGUGGGUGUGUGCGGCAGUUUGCUUUGUUUUUUAUUGUUUACGGAAG